AUGUCAUACUAUAACCAGGGCUACCAGCCUUCCGGCGCUGCUGGUAGCUCAGCACAGAACUUACAGUUCUACUCAUCCUCCUACGACGCCGUGUCCGGCCACACCACACCCUCACAGGCCUCAUAUGGCGGGUACGGAGGCAGCGGCGCAAACGCGGCGUCAGCAUACCCUUCAUAUGGCGGCGGUGCCAGGUCAGGAGGCGGCGGCGCCGACUUCGGUGGCGCGAGCGUGAGUGGGCGUAUGGGCGAGCAAGGUGGCCUAAGAACAGGCUGGGUAGCAGCUUUCGGCACAGAAGGCUACGAUGGUGAGCCUGGUCUGAUGGAGGAGCUAGGCGUGAACUUCGGCCAUAUCAAGACCAAGACGGUAGCAGUCCUCAACCCCCUCUCGAGACCCUCACCGCACAUCAUGGACGACAGUGACCUCUACGGCGGUCUCAUCUUCCUCAUUCUAUACGGCGCGUUCCUUGCCCUGUCAGGGAAGUUCUUCUACGGCUACAUUUAUGGGAUUGCCGUCUUCGGCUCGAUAGCCCUUCACUGGAUCUUCGCCCUGAUGACCCCUCCCGUCGACCCCAACGAGACGCCCGACCCACACGGUCAGAUGGCGCAGGCGCAGAGAGAUCAUGUUGAUGCAGGUCAUCACGCAGGCGGCCACUUCAGCAGCACGUUGACAUACAGCAGAAGCGCGAGCGUGCUGGGAUACUGCUUUUUGCCGUUGGUUAUGACUGCGAUGUGUGGCAUUGCGGUGCCUAUGGACACGGUCAUGGGCUAUGUUUUGACGUCGUUAGCUGUCGGGUGGUGCACGUUCAGCAGCAGUGGGAUGUUUGGUGGUGAGUUACAGGGUGCAGAGGCUAAGGCGAAGGGAGCUGUUGUGAUUCUUGGGCCUACGACAAACAUGCAGCGUUCGCCGCUUGGUGGUCGUGGUUUCGAGAGCUUUUCUGAGGACCCGUGCUUGGCAGGAGCCAUGACUGCCGCUACUGUCAACGGCAUUCAAUCGACAGGAGUAGCCGCCACUGUCAAGCACUUUGUCACAAACGACCAAGAACACCAGAGGAUGUCGGUCAAUUCUAUUGUCACAGAGCGGGCCCUGCGUGAGAUCUACCUCAUGCCAUUUCAGAUCGCUCAGAGAGAUGCCAAACCCUGGUGUUAUAUGACUGCCUACAACCAAUUGAACGGUACACAUCUUAGCGAGGAUCCGAGGAUCCUGCAGAAGGUUCUACGCGAGGAAUGGGGCUUCGACGGUCUGGUCAUGAGUGACUGGUUUGGUACAUACUCCGCAGUCGAGUCGGUACAAGCUGGACUUGAUCUGGAAAUGCCUGGUCCUUCAUACGCGCGCGGUACGCAAGUCAGCCAAGCCAUCAACUGUGGCAAGUUGUUCACAAAGGAUGUGGACGAUCGUGUUCGAGCAGUCUUGCAGCUCAUUAAGCGGACGCAUCCUCUCGGCAUUCCCGAGAAUGCUCCCGAGAAGGCUGUCGAUACCCCAGAAACUGCUAAGCUGCUCCGGAACAUUGGUGCCAGUGGCAUUGUGCUGAUGAAGAAUGAGAAGAACGUUCUGCCGUUUAAGAAGGAGAAGACGACAGCGGUCAUUGGUCCAAAUGCCGCAAUUGCUGCCUUCAGCGGAGGUGGAUCGGCGUCGCUCUUGCCGUACUACGCACGCUCGCCACUGGAAGGCGUCGAAGGGGCGUGCAAAAGAGUCAAGUACGCUUUGGGUGCUCCUGGGUGGAAGUCGCUACCACUGCUGUCGGAACGGGCCCGUACCAAGGACGGCAAGAAGGGCUUGGACAUGAGAGUAUACACAGAGCCUCCCUCGACUCCAGAUCGCAAACCGUUCGAUCAUUUGUAUCUCACGAAAUCAGAUGCCUUGUUGGUGGACUACAAGCACCCCGAAAAGCCGAAGAGCGAGCUUUACUAUGCUGAGAUCGAAGGUACUGUCACACCAGAAGAGACUAUCGAAUUCGAAUUCAGUCUGUCUGUUGCUGGCACGGCGAAGCUCUUCGUGGACGGUAAAGUGGUAGUCGACAAUGAGACCAAGCAGUACCCCGGAGACUCGUUCUUCGGAUCCGGCACACGAGAAGAGACCGGCCGUGUCAAGCUGGAGAAAGGGAAGGCUUAUCAUGUCCUGGUUACCUUUGGCACUCUGCCGACCAUGACGAUUGGCAAUGCUGGUGCCACGGCUUUCGGUGCUGGCGGCUUCCGGAUAGGAUGCGAGCGGGUCAUCGAUUACGAAGAAGAGUUGAAGCGCGCCGUGACACUCGCGAAGGAGGUCGAGCAAGUUGUCCUCUGCAUGGGUCUCAACGCAGAUUGGGAGUCAGAAGGAUAUGAUCGAGCCCAUAUGGAUCUUCCGAAGGGCUCAGAUGAGCUGAUCAAGGCGGUCACUGCGGUAAACCCCAACACCGUAGUGGUCGUACAGUCUGGUACUCCAGUGACGAUGCACAGGUGGCUUGCUGGAACCAACGCACUGCUACAGGCUUGGUACGGCGGCAACGAAACGGGCAACGCCAUUGCUGACGUUGUCUUCGGCGAGACGAAUCCCAGCGGCAAGCUACCUCUGUCCUUCCCAGUACGAAAUGAGGACAAUCCGGCGUUCCUCAACUUCCGAUCGGAGCGAGGUCGGGCCCUGUACGGCGAAGACGUCUACGUCGGGUACCGCUACUACGAGAAGACCAAGAAGGACGUUGGCUUUGCUUUCGGUCACGGUCUGUCGUACACAACAUUCGAGCUCGGCGACCUGAACGUCCGAGACGGCAAGGACGAAAUCAGCGUUACAGCCAAGGUCAGCAAUACCGGCAAGAUUCCUGGCGCAGAAGUAGUGCAGGUCUACAUUUCCCAGAAGUCGCCGAGCAUCAAUCGGCCACCAAAGGAGCUCAAGGGGUUCACGAAGGUACACCUGAAGGCAGGAGAGAAGGAGAAGGUAGAGAUCAAGAUCAGCAAGAAGUACGCGACGAGCUUCUGGGACGAGCAGGCAGAUUCCUGGGUGAGUGAGAAGGAUGAGUUUGAGGUCUUGGUAGGCAACAGCAGUCAGAACGUGGAGAAGGCUGGCAGCUUCAAAGUAGCGGAGACGACGUACUGGAGAGGACUCUGA